UCAUAGGGUAUUUAUAUCCAUUUCCAACUUUUCGCAGAGCCGACUCUCAACUCUCGAGGGGUUAUUCUAACUUUCCCUCACUUCUCCUUGCCAAUUUUCUCAGUUCAAUUGGAUCUUCAAAUCAAUCAGCCAUGGCCGAAGAAGCAGGCAUGUUUAUGGUUCGUCAAACCAUUGGAAGUGUUUUAUGUUGUAAAUGUGGCAUUCCAAUGCAACCAAAUGCUGCCAAUAUGUGUGUCAAGUGUUUACGAGCAGAGGUUGAUAUUACUGAAGGUUUGAAGAAGCAUGCAAUCAUUAGACAUUGCCCUGAAUGUGAUACCUACUUGCGGCCACCAAGUACUAGGAUUAAGGCCCAACUGGAAUCCAAGGAAUUGAUGGCAUUUUGUAUGAGCAUCAUUAAGACGAAAGAUGUUAGGCCGGUAUCUGCUGAAUUUAUAUGGACUGAACCACAUUCCAAGAGGAUUAAGCUCAGGGUCAGAGUUCAGAAAGAGGUUCUCAGCGGUGCAGUACUGGAACAAGCAUAUAUUGUUGAGUUUGUUCAGCAAGAGUCCAUGUGUGAAGCCUGCACAAGGGUGCAAGCCAAUCCUGAUCAGUGGGUUGCUUCUGUGCAACUCCGGCAACAUGUUUCUCAUAGACGAACUUUCUUUUACUUGGAGCAAUUGAUUUUGAAGCAUGAUGCUGCAGUCCGUGCUAUAAAGAUAAAGCAGAUGGAUCAAGGUAUUGAUUUUUUCUUUGGAAAUAGAAGUCAUGGUGUGAAAUUUGUUGAAUUUUUAGGUAAAGUUGCUCCAGUUAGGAGUCGCCAUGACAAGCAACUCGUGUCCCAUGAUCCCAAGAGCAACAACUACAAUUACAAAUAUACUUUCUCUGUUGAAAUCUCUCCAAUUUGUCGUGAAGAUUUGAUUUGUCUACCUCCAAAAGUUGCAGUUAGUUUGGGGAACAUCGGUCCUCUUGUAAUAUGCACUAAAGUGACAAACAGCAUAGCUCUAUUGGAUCCUUUCACUCUUAGACAUUGCUACUUGGAUUCUGACCAGUAUUGGAGAUCAUCCUUCAAGUCUCUACUCACUAGCAGGCAGCUUGUGGAGUAUAUUGUUUUAGAUGUUGAAAUUGUUUCUCCUGAAGUUAAUGUAGGUGGCUCAAGGUACGCCGUAGCAGAGGCCCAAGUAGCCCGUUUGUCGGAUUUUGGGAAGAAUGAUACAAUUUUCUAUAUAAAAACACAUUUAGGCCAUAUCUUGAAACCUGGUGAUCAGGCCCUUGGUUAUGACCUAUAUAGUGCCAACAACAAUGAUAUUGAAUUGGACAAGUACAAGGGUCUGGUACUUCCAGAAGUAAUUUUGAUAAAGAAGAGCUAUGAGGAAAAACGCCAGCGGAAACGUGGGAAGCCUCGUUCUUGGAAGCUCAAGUCUCUCAAUAUGGAAGUUGAUGAAUCAAGAGGUAGACACGACCCAGAAAAGAUGAACACAGAAUAUGAAGAGUUCUUGAGGGAUCUGGAAGAGAACCCAGAGUUGAGGUUCAAUGUAUCAUUGUAUCGAAAUGGAGAAUAUCAGCCUUCAGAAAUGGCAUCGAUGACUGAUGGAGAAGAUGUGCCAUCUGUUCCACUCGAAGAGUUGCUCGCUGAUCUUGAUAUAAGCGAUAUGGAAGAUGGAGAUGAUAACAUGAGGGAAUGAAUGUUAAAGUUCUUUUUAUUUCUAAUUUUAGCUUGAAAUGAUCCUUGAUUGAGUGGCUUUGUAUUAUUGCUGUGCCCUUCUUUUUCCUUCGCUGUCUACUAAGAUUUUGUCUCAACAACACUUGCAGUAGGUAUUUAUCACAUUGUCGUUUGUUAAAGUAAUGUUGUUUAUGCACAAUUCAACUUCAAUGAGAGUUCAUUUUCUUUA